CGUAGGAGGGCGGAGGGCGGGGCUGGGGCGCGGCUGGGUCGGGUGAAGAAACUGAGCCGAAGCCGAGAAAACGCCCACAGUUACUUUCCUUAGCUGGGAGGGGCCAGGCUGGAACCCGCGGCCGCCCCUCGCCCGCGGCUCCCGCCCUGGCAGAUGGGAGUUUGCGGGAGGUCUGGGCUCGGCGGGGCCCUGGUGCUGGAAGAAGCAAGACCGAAGUCUCUCCCGACUGUCGAUUUAAGGUUUUAGCAAAGGGGCAGAAAUUUCAGUCGGAUGGCGGAGACCCGGAUCCAGAAAACAUUACAGUUGUGGGGCAUUUUACAGUCGCUGCUAGUUGGGGGUAGAGAGAUGCAUCAAAACAGUAUUAUUUGUUUUAAGUUGCAGAGCGAGAAUUAAGUAGCCUUUCUUUUCUUUUCGGAAAUGUAGAGCACUGUUGUAUUUUGAUGGUAAACAGAUAAAAGGGUGUCAGAUACCACACUUGUACUCUUAAAGUACUGUUUGUGUAUGCAGAUAAUGAAACUGCUGUUUAUACAUUAAUGCCAAUGGUUAUGGCUGAUCAACACAGGUCUGUUUCUGAGCUACUAUCAAAUUCGAGGUUUGAUGUCAAUUAUGCAUUUGGACGUGUGAAAAGAAGCUUGCUUCACAUUGCAGCAAAUUGUGGAUCGGUGGAAUGCUUGGUUCUGCUCUUAAAGAAAGGAGCGAAUCCUAACUAUCAAGAUAUUUCAGGCUGUACGCCCCUUCAUUUGGCAGCUCGAAAUGGGCAGAAGAAAUGCAUGAGUAAAUUAUUAGAAUACAGUGCUGAUGUCAACAUUUGUAAUAAUGAAGGCCUUACAGCAAUACACUGGCUGGCUGUGAAUGGGCGGACAGAACUACUCCAUGACCUUGUACAACACGUCAGUGACGUCGAUGUUGAGGAUGCGAUGGGGCAGACAGCACUGCAUGUGGCCUGCCAGAAUGGUCACAAGACGACAGUGCAGUGCUUGCUAGACAGUGGUGCUGAUAUUAACAGGCCAAAUGUAUCUGGAGCCACUCCAUUGUACUUCGCCUGCAGUCACGGUCAGAGAGACACAGCACAGAUUCUCCUGUUACGAGGAGCCAAAUAUCUGUCAGAUAAAAAUGGAGUAACGCCUCUGGAUUUAUGUGUACAGGGUGGCUAUGGAGAGACUUGUGAAGUAUUAAUUCAGUAUCACCCUAGGCUUUUCCAGACAAUUAUUCAAAUGACACAGAAUGAAGAUCUCCGAGAAAACAUGUUACGACAAGUUCUGGAACAUUUGUCUCAGCAAAGUGAAAGCCAGUACCUGAAGAUUCUAACAAGCCUUGCUGAAGUUGCCACAACAAAUGGCCAUAAACUGCUUAGCUUGUCUAGUAAUUAUGAUGCUCAAAUGAAGAGCCUUUUAAGGAUUGUGAGGAUAUUUUGUCAUGUCUUUCGAAUUGGUCCAUCCUCUCCCAGUAAUGGAAUUGAUUUGGGCUACAAUGGGAAUAAAACUCCAAGAAGCCAGGUGUUCAAGCCUCUUGAAUUGCUUUGGCACUCAUUAGAUGAAUGGCUAGUUUUAAUAGCUACAGAAUUGAUGAAAAACAAGAAGGAUUCAACGGAUAUCACUUCUAUUUUGCUGAAACAAAAAGGCCAAGAUCAAGAUGGUACUUCCAUUCCUCCAUUUGAACCUCCAGGACCUGGGAGCUAUGAAAAUCUAUCCACUGGCACAGGGGAAUCUAAACCAGAUGCUCUUGGAGGGAAACAGGAAGCCAGUGCAGACUGUCAGGAUGUUAUUUCUAUGACAGCUAACCGGCUAAGUGCUGUCAUUCAAGCCUUUUACAUGUGCUGUUCUUGUCAGAUGCCCCCAGGAAUGACUUCACCCCGUUUCAUUGAAUUUGUCUGCAAACAUGAUGAAGUUUUAAAAUGCUUUGUUAAUAGAAAUCCCAAAAUUAUAUUUGACCACUUUCACUUCCUCCUUGAAUGUCCUGAGUUGAUGUCAAGAUUCAUGCAUAUCAUAAAAGCACAGCCAUUUAAAGAUCGCUGUGAAUGGUUCUAUGAACAUUUGCAUUCAGGACAACCAGAUUCAGACAUGGUGCACAGGCCAGUGAAUGAAAAUGAUAUCCUGCUGGUUCACAGAGAUUCUAUUUUUAGGAGUAGCUGUGAAGUUGUGUCAAAAGCAAAUUGUGCAAAGCUAAAGCAAGGAAUUGCUGUACGGUUCCAUGGAGAAGAAGGCAUGGGUCAAGGUGUUGUGCGUGAGUGGUUUGAUAUUCUGUCUAAUGAGAUAGUCAAUCCUGAUUAUGCAUUGUUUACCCAGUCAGCUGAUGGAACAACUUUUCAACCUAAUAGCAACUCCUAUGUAAAUCCUGAUCACUUGAACUAUUUCCGGUUUGCUGGACAGAUCUUGGGAUUAGCUUUAAACCACAGGCAGCUGGUCAACAUUUACUUUACAAGAUCAUUCUAUAAGCACAUUCUUGGUAUUCCUGUAAAUUACCAGGAUGUGGCAUCCAUUGAUCCAGAAUAUGCCAAAAAUUUGCAGUGGAUUUUAGAUAAUGAUAUUAGUGAUCUAGGUCUAGAACUAACCUUUUCUGUUGAAACUGAUGUGUUUGGAGCAAUGGAAGAGGUGCCUUUGAAACCUGGGGGUGGAAGUAUUCUUGUGACACAAAAUAACAAAGCGGAGUACGUCCAGCUUGUUACUGAACUUCGGAUGACAAGAGCCAUUCAGCCUCAGAUCAAUGCUUUUUUACAGGGCUUUCAUAUGUUCAUUCCACCUUCUCUUAUACAACUUUUUGAUGAAUAUGAAUUGAUGAGGAAAACUAAGCCAAAGAAGGAACUACUGCUCUCUGGCAUGCCAGAAAUUGAUGUGAGCGAUUGGGUAAGAAAUACAGAAUACACAAGUGGCUAUGAAAGAGAAGAUCCAGUUAUUCAGUGGUUUUGGGAAGUUGUGGAAGACAUUACUCCAGAGGAGAGAGUUCUUCUCUUGCAGUUUGUUACUGGCAGUUCCAGGGUCCCACAUGGUGGAUUUGCUAAUAUCAUGGGUGGAAGUGGACUGCAAAACUUUACAAUUGCUGCUGUGCCAUAUACUCCAAAUCUCCUACCAACUUCAAGCACAUGCAUCAACAUGCUCAAGUUACCUGAAUACCCAAGUAAAGAAAUACUCAAGGACAGACUUCUUGUGGCACUACACUGUGGCAGCUAUGGUUACACAAUGGCUUAAGUCUGGAAAAUUCGUCUGAUUACUGAUGCACAAUUCCAAGUGGCAGAAAUAAUUUAGGAAACUGUCAACAGAAAAGGAGCCUAAAUGCAGCCCACAGGCAGGGGUGAUGUUUAAAAUUCAUAAAGGAUGACGCUUUCUACCCUC